AAAUUAUUGUCCUAAUAAAUAUCUUAUCCAAUGUCCACACGUUUGUUCCCCCCAUUAAUAUUCUCACUUUCAAGAUCGGUAUAUUCGAUUUCUGUUUGAUUUUUAACUUUUCUCGGACGAUCAUUGAAUUUUUUUUUUCCAAAUAUUUUCUUCUAGUCUUUCCAAUCUAGACGACGAUUUUCUUAGUUACUUUCUUCUUCAAUCAAUCUGUGUUAUCUGUUCAUCUUCAUUCUCCCAGUUGUAUCCCUUCAUUUUUAUAUCUAUCUUGAGUUUCUCAAAACUUGUCGUUAAUCAAUGAAUCUGAUGCUUUUCGAGAGUACCCAUCUCUGCAAAUCACGAAAUCUCUCGUGAAUUCUCAAAUUUGAUUGGACAGAAUUAAGGUUAGCCAAACGAUGAGUCACCACCAUCGGCGUGAUUCCGGCGGAGACGUAGUUCACGUGAUACCCACAAACAACCCUCCGCCGGAGAAUUGGUUUCCGAAUCUCGGCGAUAGCGCCGUGUGGGCGACGGAAGAUGACUACAAUCGCGUCUGGGCGGUGAAUCCCGACGGCGACAACAAUGGUCCUCCGAACAAGAAAACGAGAGGCUCUCCGUCGUCGUCCGCGAGCAACCGUACCAAAGCGAUCGGGAAAAUGUUCUUCAAGACGAAGCUCUGCUGCAAGUUCCGCGCAGGGACGUGUCCGUACGUCACGAAUUGCAACUUCGCUCACACCGUGGAGGAGCUUCGUCGCCCGCCGCCGAAUUGGCAGGAGAUCGUGGCGGCUCACGAGGAGGAGAGAUCCGGUGCGGUUGAGCAGCGGGAAGAGUAUCAGAUCCCGUCUCUGGUGUCAUCGACGGAUGAGAGUGGGAGAUCGUUUAAAGGAAGGCAUUGCAAGAAGUUUUAUACUGAAGAAGGGUGUCCUUAUGGAGAAAGCUGUACAUUUAUGCACGAUGAGGCUUCGAGGAAUAGAGAGAGCGUUGCCAUUAGUUUAGGCCCUGGUGGUUACGGUGGUGGUGGUGGUGGUGGUGGUAAUAGCAACAUAGUAGUGCUUGGUGGUGGAAGUGGAGUUAAUAUUGUAAAGCCUUCAAAUUGGAAGACAAGGAUUUGCAAUAAAUGGGAGAUUACUGGUUAUUGUCCGUUUGGUGCCAAGUGUCAUUUUGCUCACGGAGCUGCAGAGUUGCAUAGAUUUGGUGGAGGACUUGUCGAAGGAGAAGGCAAAGACGGCAUAUCGCCCAAUCCUGACAUAAAGCAAACAGGACCAAACCCGAAAGGACAUUCAGAUUCAACAACGACACUUUUAUCUCCAGGAGUUCCCCAUCAUGCAGACGCUAGUUACCACAGUGGAGUCGCAUUGCAACGAGCUUCUAGUGCUGUUACACAGAAGCCUGGGAUCAGAACUCAUCAGAAAUGGAAAGGACCGGCGAAAAUCAGUCUGAUAUACGGUGAUUGGAUUGACGAUAUUGAAUGAAAGUUAUCUCCUACUUUAAAACUCCAGUGAUGAUGGUACAGUUUGUUUGUAGAGUUUUGUAUGUUUGUUGUAUCUCGUUUUGUUGUUGUUGUACAUUAAGACUGUUUUUUUUAAGAAGUUAGAAAUGUCAUGUGAUGAUUGUU